AAUGGAUUGGACCACCUAAAAUCCAGCGUCGAGGAUGUUUUUCAUACAAGAGGAAAGGUACAGAUCACAAAGAGUGAGAGGAUGAAAGAGAAGUCACUCUACGCCAGUGAAGGAAUCCAAAGUCCACAGCCAUGAAAACCGCCCAAUCCCUCAACAUGGCCCCGAGAGAAGGAGCUCCUCCCAGCAUCAACAAUGUCACCAUACUGCAUGCUCUCUUCAACUCCUCCUCUUCCUCUCCUCCCUCCAUCCCUCCACCCGCCUCCUGCAGUAUAGAUGAGUCCUACAAAUACAUCUUCCUCCCUAUUUGUUAUUCAUUCACAUUCAUUUUCAGCAUCUCGCUCAACUCUGUGGUCCUCUACCGCUCCUUUCGACGGACCAAGCGAUGGAACGCCUCUCUGAUCUACAUGGUCAACCUGGCCUCCACAGACUUCAUGUAUGGCCUGUCGCUGCCAUUUCUCAUCGCUAGUUACAUCAUGCGAGACCGCUGGGUCUUCGGGGACUUCAUGUGCCGGCUGGUCCGAUUUCUUUUUUACUUUAACCUCUACUGCUCCAUUUUCUUCCUCACUUGCAUCUCUGUCCACAGGUACUUGGGGAUCUGCCACCCAAUGAAGACCAUCACACUGGAGACAAAAAGGGCGGUGAAGUGGACUUGUGUUCUGGUUUGGGGUGUGGUGUUCACUUUGACCUGCCCCAUCUUCCGGUUCGCCCAGACCGGCCAUGUGACUCGCCCGGCAGGGGUUAGCAGCAAUGCCAGCAGUGCUGGUGGACUAAACCUCAAGCUAUCAUCAGUGGAUGGCAAUGGUAGCCAUGGUAACUGGGGCCAGGGGAUUGAGGAGUACCAGAAUUGCUGGGACGAUGCCAUAGAUAAGGAGUUUUCUGACUAUGUGCCCUACGGAAUCAUACUCCACUUGUUGGGAUUUUUUGUACCAUUUUCCAUCAUUGCCUGGUGUUACUCUCAUGUGGUUCUGACCAUAUUUAGGACUCUGCAUUCCCAGCCGCUGUCCCACAGGGGUCAGCGAGAAGGAGGAAAUGAUGGAGUUGGGAGUGGUGGAGGACAGGAAGGAGGAAGAAGAGGCAAUAGAGCUGCGAUAGCAGGAGGAAGAGGAAGAAGAGGAAGCAAUGGACUAGCAGGGGUACUGGAAAGAGAUGCAGGACUCUCAGUUUUUCUUGGUGCCCACUCCCCAUAUGCCCAUCGCCGACGCAAAUCCAUCAAGACCAUCAUCACCAUCACCCUCCUCUUUGCUCUUUGCUUCUUCCCAUUCCACGUCACCAGAACCAUCUUCCUCAUCCUCAAAGUGACCAAGGGAGUCCCCUGUCACACUAUGACCAUGGUCUCCAUGUGCUAUAAGAUCACUAGGCCCUUGGCUUCAUUCAAUGCCUGGCUCAAUGCUCUCCUUUACUUCCUGACUAAAGAGAAGGGUGGAGCUCACUGUUGUCAGGCAGCAAACAACAACGGCCAACAACAAGGUGGGCUGCUAUGGCCGCUGAGGAUGAUGGGGAAAGCAGAGGAUGCGGAAGAGGGAGGGAUAGAAGAAAGGAUUGACAAUAAAGAGAAGGAGGAAAUUAAUAACACUCCGGUGUAUAUACAGGGAGAGGGAGGACUGGCAAAAGUCAGAUAUACAGUGGAAUGA